CACUGGAGCUGAGAGAUCAUGAGAGAACACCGCACUCUUCAGCAGCACCGCGGAUCAUAUCACUCCUCCUCCGGCGGGAUUUAACCGGUAAGAGCCUCCUCAGCUGCUUCGGGACGGUUCUGCUCGGGGUCGUGGAUAAUGAAAGAGUUCGUCUCCAUCCUGCGGGAUUCAAGCGACUCGGAUCAUUAAUCCAUGUUUGGAUGAUUCAGAAGAUUCACUCUGCUUGCUUCGGAUGCUUCUGUUUCAUGUCUGGACAUCUGAGCAGAAACAAGAAGAACCACAAACCUUCUGACCGUUGGUGCUUUCUCUAGUUGAGUCACUGAGCAGUUUCCUGUGAGUGGACUUUAAUCACUACUCAGAUGAGCAUCUGAUGGAUUCGUAGCAUCUUCCGGUUCGCUCCUGUGGACGCAGAUCAUGCACAGUUUCUGUUUCAUGGUGCAUCAGGUGAACACAGUGCAUCUGUGUUGGAUGGCCGGGCGAUAGGGUCAGAGACGGUCCAGCAGGAUGAAUUCUCUCCCGUCGAUGGACAGACACAUCCAGCAAACCAACGACCGCCUCCACUGCAUCAGACAGCACCUGCAAAAUCCAGCAAACUUCCGGACGGCGGCGACGGAGCUGUUGGACUGGUGCGGAGAUCCACGAGCGUUUCAGCGGCCCUUUGAGCAAAGCCUGAUGGGAUGCCUAACGGUGGUGAGUCGUGUCGCCGGUCAGCAGGGUUUCGACAUGGAUCUGGGCUAUCGGCUGCUGGCCGUUUGUGCUGCACACAGGGACAAAUUCACCCCCAAAUCAGCAGCGUUGCUGUCCUCGUGGUGUGAGGAUCUGGGUCGACUUCUGCUGCUGCGUCAUCAGAAAAGCAAGAACCCGAUGCAGGACAACAUCAACAACAUGAAACCGGCUCUGUCACAAGGUGAUGCAUCGUUUCAAUAUGACUCCGUCUCCUGGCAACAAAACACCAAUCAGCCGCCGGGCUCUGUUUCCGUGGUGACCACCGUAUGGGGUGUGACCAAUACAUCACAGAGUCAGGUGUUGGGGAACCCUAUGGUGAACCCAAACAGCCAUAUGAACCCUAUGACAGGAGGUAAUGGAGGCAUGAGCCCGGGACAGUUUACUGGACACCAGCAGUAUUCCUCCAAGACCAGUCCAAUCCAGACCUACAUGCAACCGGGGAUGUACGGGAGAUCCAGUUACCCUGGAGGAGGAUUCGGGAACAGUUAUGUGGGCGGUCCUAACCACGCUGGUGGGAUGGGCCUGCCUUCGCAGACACGCCCCCCUUCUGACUUCAGCCAACCAGCGGCCGCCGCUGCUGCUGCUGCUGUGGCUGCUGCCGCUGCUACGGCGACCGCUACAGCCACGGCAACGGUUGCCGCGCUACAGGAGACACAACACCAGGACAUGAACCAAUACGGCGCGAUGUGUUCCUCCUUUCAAAUGGGACCAAACCAGGCUUACAGCACUCAGUUUGUGAAUCAGCCCGGCCCCCAGGGGCCCCCUGCUCACCCGGGGGUCAUGACCAUGAGUCAGCCUCGGGGUCAGACGGGGUCAUACGGGGGUCAGAGGGCAGUGCACGGGGUGAAGAGACCGUAUCCUGCAGAGGUGAGCUAUGGGUCGCAGUAUGGUCCAAACAGUCUGUGUUCCUCUCAGCAGGGUCAGUAUCCGAACCUUGACCCCAGCAGAGGCCUCUCCUCACCUCAGAGACAGCACCAGACUCCCGUUUACAAGGAGCCGAGCAGUCACUUCAGCGCGGGAAACUUUCAUUACAGUGCGCCUCCUCGGCCGAUGGGCGGUUACCCUCACUCUCCGUUGCCGUGUGACCCCGCGCCCCCCGUGACCCCAGGAAGUAGUAUGCCACCGUAUCUGUCUCCAAACCAGGACAUGAAGCCCCCGUUUCCUCCUGAUAUCAAACCCAACAUUAAUGCCCUGCCGCCUGCUCCAGCUGACCCUCACGAGGAGCUCCGGCUGAUGUUCCCGGUUCGGGACGGUGUGCUUCUGCAGCCGUUCAGACUUGAGCACAACCUGGCCGUCAGUAAUCACAUCUUCCACCUGCAGCCCAGCGUCCACCAGACGCUCACCUGGAGGUCUGAUCUGGAGCUUCAGUUCAAGUGUUAUCAUCAUGAAGACAGACAGACGUACACAAACUGGCCGGCGUCGGUGCAGGUCAGCGUCAACGCCACACCGCUCACCAUCGAGCGCGGCGACAACAAGACUUCCCACAAACCCUUGCACCUGAAGCACGUGUGUCAGCCGGGACGAAACACCAUCCAGAUCACAGCGACGGCCUGCUGCUGUUCGCAUCUGUUCGUCCUGCAGCUGGUUCACCGGCCGUCGGUUCGAUCCGUGCUGCAGGGUUUACUGAAGAAGAGACUCCUCACCGCAGAACACUGCGUCGCUAAAGUGAAGAGGAGCUUCAGCAGCGUGGCGGUGUCUGUCGGUGAUGAUGGCGUGGAGCAGACGGCCAUCAGAAUCUCUCUAAAGUGUCCGAUCACGUUCAGACGCAUUCAGCUGCCGGCGAGAGGCCAUGACUGCAAACACGUGCAGUGCUUUGACCUGGAGUCCUAUCUAGAGCUGAACUGUGAGCGGGGCACAUGGAGAUGUCCGGUGUGCAAUAAAGCGGCUCUGUUAGAAGGUCUGGAGGUGGAUCAGUACACGUGGGGGAUCUUAAACGCUCUCCAGAACUCAGAGUUUGAGGAGGUCACGAUAGACCCCUCGUGCAGCUGGAGGCCGGUGCAGAUCAAAUCUGAGGAAGACCCGGACGGGCUGAUGUCCAAGCGCUUCAAAACCACGAGUCCCGGUCAGAUGGUGCUGCCCAACGUGAUGGACAUGAUCUCUCAGCUCGGCCCGAGAGCGUCUCUGUACCCCAACCACAGCCUCCAGCAGCAGAACAGCAGCACUAAUCAAUACAGCAGUCCACGCAACAGUUUCCAGGGCCACAGUAAGUUUGGAGACUAUCCCCAUGGCAACGCUGCAGCAUCAUCAUCAUCAGUGAGUGAGUUCGUUCAGGGGGCGCACCGGUCUCAACCCCCCGCUGACCUUUUGACCUCUGAGAGCCUGACGCACACCCUACAGGACAGUACGCUUCACCCCCUCAACACAGAUCAAUCCCACAAUCCCCUGCAGCACAGCAUGCAGCUGUUACAUCACAGUGCCCCGCCCCCUGCCUGCAGACCACCGCCCAGUCAGCAGAGCUCCGCCCCCAGCAGCCACAUGCACCCUGACAUAACCUUUAACCCCGCGUCCAACCUGGAGGGUCAGAGCAGCGCAGACAUACGCGAGGCCUCGUUAGAUCUGCUGCCGGAGCUGAUGAAUCCGGACGAUCUUCUGUCGUUCCUGGAUCCUCCAGAGCUUCCCAGCAGCAGCAGCGACGACCUGCUGUCUCUCUUUGAGAAUAACUGAGACCUCACAGCCUCCGUAUGCACUUACCCUCACUUCCUCUUCCUGUACAGACUACAGAUUUCAAAACCAGCAUGGACAGACACGACAAUAACCAAUAUUCCUGUUUCCAGAGACCUUGUUCUUUUAACUAAAGCUUAGCUAGAGCUGAAUUCAGUCUUUUCUACAUGAGAGUGAAACCAGUGUGGAAGCGCUUUUCUACUUGCUUUGGUUUUGAUACGAAGAGCCGCACAAGCAUCCGUCCGCUGUCAGACUGUGUUCAUCAUUUAACCUCUUCAGAAGCACAGCUCUUAUUCAGAACACAUCCCAUUGUUUGGAAACGUAAAGAGAGAAAGCUUGAUCAACGUCUGGUUCACGUCUGUUCAUAAUGCAGUUCUGUUAUUUCUGAGAAGCUCUUGUCAAUAUUUGUGAAUGCGUUUGUUUCGACUGGUCUUCAGUAUUUCUUCUGUUUGUGAGUAUUGGUUAUAAGAGUGUGUGAAAGACAUACAAUACUACACUCAACUAUACUGCGUACUGUUUUAUAUAUUGGCAAUGAAAUAUAUUUACACAGAAGUCUGUAUGGUUUCUUAAAGAAAUCUCUUCUGUUCACCAAGGAAGACCACUUCUGCCACAUAAGAAAAAAAAUCAUGCUUUUAUUAUGAAAAUUAUCAGAUAAAAGUCAAAAUUAUUAUGUCAUAAUUAUGGGAUGAAAGUAAAAAAUUAUGACAUAAAUAUGAGAUAAAAUGUUGAAAUUGUGACGUCUUAAUUAUGAGAUUAAAAAGGCUAAAUUGGCAGAAUUAUGAAAUUAUGAAAAGUAAAUUAUGAGAUAAAAAUCUAAAUUGGCGUACUAAUUUGAAAUUAUGACUUUAUAAAUGAUGACUUAAUUAUAAAUUAUGAAGUCAUAAUUAUGAGGAAAAGUCAAAAUAAUGAUGUCAGAAUUAUGACAAUUGAAAUUAUGACAAUUAUGAGAUAAAAAAAUGAUGUCUUGUCAUAAUUAUAAGGUUAAAAGUCUUAAUUAUGAGAUAACGUCGAAUUUAUGACACAAGUGAAUUAUGAGAUAAAUUUAAAUUAUGAUUUGUCAUAAAAUACAAUUUUAAUGUUAUGAAAUAAAAAGACGAAAUUAUGAGAUAAAAGUCUCAAAAAGUCAAAAUGAUGACAUUAAUAAUUUGAAAUUAUCAGGAAAAACAGGCAUAAACCUGACUGUAUCAUAUUUAUUUCUAAUUUUAUUAUAUUUAAUAUUUUUUAUGACUAUGUAGUCAUUUAGAUUUUUUCAUUUCAUCUCAUAAUUAUGACAAGAUAUGUUAUUGAGAUACAGAGUUUCAUGUUAAUAUGAGAAAUAUUGUGAAUAUUUCCAGUCUCGUGAGAAAUGAAUCUAUACAGACUUGUUUAUUUGUAGAAAGUGCAGCUGUAUGUAAACGCUAACUCACAUUUUUAUUGUUUUUUAAUAAUAUUUUUGCUCUGUUUUGUUUGGUAAGUUAUUUCUUAUUGUCUUAUACUUUAAUGCCUGUUAUGAUUAUUAUAUCACUGGGCUAAAAAUUGCACACAUGCUGUGACACAAGUCUUCCCUUUUAUUGUGAAAGAUAAUAUUUAUAAUAUCUGAAUGACUUUAAUCUGGCGCAUCUCAAUAUCUGAGUUCAGGGCGACUCGAGGGAAGCAGAAAUAAAGCGUUUGAGAUUCUUUGGUCCUGUUUUAAUGAUCAGCUCAUCACAUCAAACCUCAAUAAACUCGUCUCUGAUCUCCA